GACAAAAAAUAUUGAACUUUUUCAUGAUACUCUAAUUUUUUGAGAUGCACUAGUACAUAUACACAUGGGGCACCUAGAAAUUAAACAAAAAUAUUUGGGGAUUCACAAAUGUCCAGAGUUUUCAUUGAUCUCAUAUGUGACGCACACAAAAUAUGUUAUUUUAGCCCUUAUGGCCGGUAAUGUAGUUGCUUUGCACCUGAUCUGAUUCCUUGUGAUUUAUUUUGGAUACCUCAGUUUGACCAGCAGGAGGCAGUGUGGCGCUGUGCUUCUCCCCAUGGACUCUCUUUGCCAGCGGACUGUUGUUGUUUCCUCACUCUGCUGAGCGAGGCUGAACUGAAUAGAAGCAGCGGUGCCUGUCUCAUCCUUUUUCCUCCUGUUUUUACAGUUUUUCCUGUGGAAGCCCAGCAGCUUUCAAUCAGUAAAGAAAUGGUUUCCCUUGAGCAGCAGGAGAGGAGCUCCAGUCUGAACCAGGACAUUACUGAGCCUCCACAUGUUAAACUGGAACCAGAGGAGCUGUGGAGCAGUCAGGAAGGGGAGCAGCUCCCCUCACCAGAGAAUGUUGAUAUCACCCAUUUUGCUUCAGUUCCUGUACCUGUGAAGAUUGAAGAAGAUGAGGAAAAACCUCAGUUCUCACAUUUUCAUCAAAAGAAAACAGAACAGGUCGUAGGAGGUGCUGAUGAAGAUGACUGUGGGGGACCGAAAACAGCCAGCUACUUAGAUCCAGAGAGAGAUUUACAACCAGAGACUGAGGUCAAGACUGAAGACUCCUCUGAGGCUGAGACUGAUGACAGUGCUGAUUGGAGUGAGCCAACAGAAGACCAGUCAGGUUUAAAGACAGUUGAAAACAUCAAAAAUAAGAGGAGAAGGACUUAUAAAUCACAUACUUGUUCUGAGUGUGGUAAAAUAUUUCAACGGAAAUUUAAUCUAAAUCAACAUAUGAAAAUUCACACAGGCGAGAAACCCUUCAGCUGUUCUGAGUGUGGUAGAACAUUUUCCACAAAAGGAAAUUUGACCAGACAUGCGAGAGUUCACUUAAGAGAGGAACCCGUUGGCCCCUCUGAGUGUGGUAAAAGAUUUAACCUCACAAGUCAAAUGACCAAACAUAUGUCAGUUAAGACCAAUCAGAAAUCAUUUGAAUGUUCUGAGUGUAGUAAAAGAUUUGCCUUUAGAUCUUCUCUGGUCAGACAUACGAGAACGCAUACUGGAGAAAAACCCUUUGGCUGCUCUAAAUCUGUAAGGAAAUGCAGCCUUCAACAUGAUCUGACCAAAUAUGUGGGAGGGGAGAAAUCCAUCAGCUGCACCAAGUGUGGAAAAAGUUAUAACACAAGCUAUAGUUUGUCCAUACAUAUGUUAGUUCACACCAAACGGAGGCUGUUUCAAUGCUCUGAGUGUGGUAAAGCUUUUUGUCUAAAAAGUAAAUUGACCAAACACAUGAGAAGUCACACAGGAGAGAAACCUUUUGAUUGCUCAGAGUGUGGUAAAAGAUUUGCCUUUAAUAAUAAUCUGACAAGACAUCUGAAAAUUCACACGGCAGAGAACCCCUUCAGCUGCACUGAGUGUGGAAAAAGUUUUAAAACAAGAUUUAGUCUUUCCAGACACAUGUUAGUUCACACAAGACGUAAGCUGUUUGGGUGCUCUGAGUGUGGUAAAAGAUUUAGUCUUAAAAGUAAUCUGACAACGCACAUGGCAUCUCACACAGGAGAGAAACCUUUUGAUUGCUCAGAAUGUGGUAAAAGAUUUGCUUUAAAAACUUAUCUGCAACAACAUAUGUUAAUUCACACUGGACAGAAACCCUUCAGCUGUUCUGAGUGUGGUAGAAGUUUUAACCUUAAAGUUUCUCUGAUCAGACACAUGAAAACGCAUGCAGGCAAAACAACCUUUUGACUGCUAGUAAAAGAGAUUUGUCCUCAAUAAUACUAAGAUCUGAUGGGGAGGCACCAGCCAGGAACUUAGAUUCAGAGACAUUUGCAACCUGAGACUGAAGUCAAGUGAUGAAUUGAGCUCCAAAAAUUUUUAACAAGUUACAGUGCCAAAAACAAAGAUGCGUUAAUGUUCCUUUUAUGGUUUUAUAUCUUGGGCAGUUUAGUCAGAUACACUGGAGUAUCUUGUGUGUCCUUACUGGAGCUAUAUAGAUAUGGUAUACAAAUUUAAAGUUUUCUUCUUUAAUUCUGUGACUUGUUAAUCGAAAAUAUGUAUUUUCAAAAACGUUUUUCCAAAUAUUUUCAUCAAAUUUCAUCCCCAUAUCCCUUUUCCCAAGUCUUUACUUCUGAAAGAAAAGAUUAAUGACUUUCUUCGGAUAAUAUUUCAUAAAAUUCUGCAAUUUUACCUUUAAAUGAUGAUGAGGACAGUAGGACAUAUUUUACUUCAGAUAGAUCAAAACAACAGAUUUCUUUUGAUAAGUGUAAGGAUGACAUUUUGUAUUUGUAAUA